AUGUGGGUCACACUGGGCUUCGUGUGCUGCCUCACAUUUGGGGGGCUGCCGCCGGCUCUCGGUUCCUGUCCUUCCCAGUGCAGUUGCACUUUCCACAGCAUCGACGAAGGAACGAAAGCCAGAGCUGUCCUGUGCAAUGACCCAGAGAUGACCCUCACGCCUGUCAACUUCCCCUUGGACACAUUUAAGCUCUGCAUCCAGAAGACGGCCAUUCGAAGGGUGCCGGGGGAGUCUUUCCACUCGCUCCGCAGCUUGGAGUUCCUCUGGAUGCCCUAUAACUCUCUGGCGAGUCUCAGCGUGACGAACUUCCGAGGACUCCGGAGGCUACAUGAGCUGAGACUGGAAGGGAAUGACCUGGCCUCAUUCCCUUGGGAAGCCCUUCUGAGCAUGCCCCAGCUGCGGCUACUGGAUCUCCACAACAACGAACUGGUCUCCAUACCAGCCGAAGCCGCCCAGUACGUCAAGAACCUCACGUUCCUCGAUCUUUCGAGCAAUAAGCUGGCGACGCUUCCUCACGCGCUUAUUGCGGUCUGGUCCAACCUCCAGGCGCUCCCUUACUUCCCCAACGACAAUUCCAAGAUCAUCUUAGGUCUGCAGGACAAUCCUUGGACUUGCGACUGCAGUCUAUACGAAAUGGUUCACUUCCUGAACUUCCAGUCGCCCAACACAGCGUUCAUUGAACCCCGGCUGAAAUGCUUCAACCCGCGAAGCCUGGCAGGCGUCUUAUUCAGUCAAGUUGAGCUGCGGAAGUGUCAGAGUCCCCUCGUGCACACGUCGGUGGCCAAAGUGAAGACCAUCCUGGGAAGCACUGUGCUGCUUCGGUGUGGGACCACUGGGGUCCCGAUACCUGAGCUAAGCUGGAGGAGAGCUGACGGGAAUCCGCUCAACGGAACUGUACACCAAGAAAUUUCCAGUGAUGGAAUGAGCUGGUCGAUUUUAGGUUUGCCCGUCGUCUCGUACCUCGAUUCCGGAGAAUACAUAUGCAAAGCGAAAAAUUUUCUCGGAGCCACAGAGGCAUUUAUUUCCCUGAUCAUCACUGACUCUGAGAGCACCGAUGACCCCGGGGCAAAUCUGAAAGGGACAUGGCAGGGGAAAAUGAGCGGCAUGGAGGCGGCCGCUUACAACGACAACUUGGUAGCGCGAUACGUCAUCACGACGUCCACUUCACCCACCUUGGGCGCCAAAUCGAUCCGUGCCAACACAGAAGGGAACCUGGUGCUCCAAGACCAGGCCCUGAACAUGAUCAACGAUCCGAGAAAUCUCUUAGCGAGCCCGUCGACUGGCCAGGAGGAGCCCGAACGCAUAGUGCGCUCCGUCAGAGUCAUAGGCGACACAGACCGUAGCGUCACAUUAGCAUGGAAAGCUCCCCUGGCCAAUAAUACCACAGCAUUCAGCGUUCUCUAUGCUAUCUUUGGAGAACGGGACAUGCGUAGAAUCAACGUGGAGCCAGGUAAGACCAAGGUCACCAUCAAUGAUCUGAUGCCCCAGACCAAAUACAUAGUCUGCGUCAGCAUGAAAGGGCUCAUUCCCAAGAAGGAGCAGUGCAUCAUAUUUUCCACGGACGAAGUUGCCAGUGCUGGUGGAACCCAAAAACUCAUCAACGUGGUGGUCAUCAGCGUGGCGUGUGUCAUUGCCGUCCCUCUCACCCUGGUGGUCUGCUGUGGAGCCCUGAAGAGGCGGUGUAAAAAAUGUUUCAUCCGGAAGCCCAAGGAAAUCCAGGACUCCUACGUCACCUUUGAAAGCCUGUCUCCAGGGGCCAAAGUCAAGGGAAUGGAAGGGGGAUACUUGACUAGACACACGCCCGACGAAUCCAACCGGUUGCUCUCCGCCAGGUCCAGUGUGGACUCAGAGGCAGUAGCAAAGACAGAAGGACAGCCCAACGAGUACUUCUGCUGA